AUGGCUUCCGGCUCGUCUAUCAAACGCGCCAAUCCUCUAACAUCUCUCACACCUCAUCCGAAGCCUACCAUCAGUGUGGAGGAAUGGGAGGCAAGAGCGCCUCUUGGAGAGCUCGAGAUGAGGAGUGUGAACCUUGUGAAGGCAGCCAGCGAGAAGGCUGUUGUGCCGUCUAAGUUCAGUCCAGAUGAACCAGGUUCCUCCUCGCGCCCAUCUACGCCCACUUUACGGGUUAAACUCCUAGCUGCAAAUGGUGGCUCCAGACCAUCGACCCCAACACCUACAUCCGACGUCGCUCGCAGCGGUACCGCCGCUACCCAUCCUCUCCAUCCCAAACAGCCCAUUCAGACCCCCCAGCAGUUCUAUGACUGGUUUGCACUCAUAGACCGCUCGGUCGCACACAGCCAAGAGGCACAUUUCCGAGCCCAUCUCGAGAGCGUCUCGGGACAUCUGGAUACUUGCGACGCGCUUGUGCAUCGCAUCGAUGAGGUGGACGCUGCUAUUGUUGACAUGCUGCGCGAAUGGCGCAUUGUGGAGGAUGGUGGCAAGAGUUUGAAGGAAGCGUGUGAGCAGCUGUUGGAGGAGCGAGAUCGCUUGCUGAGCAUAACAGAGGCUAUUGGGGAGCGGUUGGAGUAUUUCCAGGAGCUCGAACACGCUACACGUAUGCUCAACUCUCCAGGAGAUUCACUCGUUCUGCAAACCGACUUCAUCUACAUGGUUGAGCGUGUAGAUGUCUGCAUCGACUACCUCAAGGCUCAUCGGCACUUCCGCGAAGCUGAGAUUUACCUGCUACGCUUCCAGCAAUGCCUGACGCGUGCAAUGACGCUCAUCAAGAUGUUCUUUGUCGGCUCUCUGAGAGCUCUUACUGUGGACAUUACCAAACGUAUGUCAGAGAAGGAUGUCUCGGCGACAGCACAGGAGCACUUGCUCUACACCCGCUUCUAUACCGUGUCUGCACAGCUCGCUCCGCUCCUGUCUGAGCUCGAGCGACGAGCCACUGCGCAUCCGGAGGAGCUGUCUUCGCUUCUCUCGGAGUGUCAUGCUGCGUACUUUGCCGCGCGGAAAGGACUCCUCGUCAACAGACUUAUGGAGGAGAUUAAAGGCCUGGAUCCCAUUAGGACCGAGCUCGUUGAGCUAACAAGGGCAGGCUGUAGCUAUCUCAAGCAGCUAUGUACAGAUGAGUUCAACCUUUUUCGUGCAUUCUUCAACUCGGGCGAGGACCAGCUCUACAACUACCUUGAAAAUCUAUGCGACUAUUUAUACGACGACCUCCGUCCACGCAUCCUGCACGAGCCGCGGCUCACUGCCCUCUGUGAGGUCUGCACGGUUCUUCAGGCGCUCAUGGUUCUCGAUGUGCCUACGGUCUCGGACUCUGACGAGGAGGACGGUGAGGAUGCAGACGAGCUCAACCUCGAGCUGAAUCCCGUUUCGGAGUGGAGCACUGCGCGCAAGAAGCCGGGUAAACGCGGCCUACGGGCAUUGCAGAUUGGCCACUUGCUGCAGAUGGUGCUUCAGGAUGCCCAGACACGAUUGUUCUUCAAAGCGCAGGCGGUGAUCCAGAGCGACGUCCGGUACUACGUACCAAAGCCCGAGGAUCUAGCCUAUCCGGAGAUGCUACUUGAGGCGCGCAAGCCUGCGUCCGGGAUGGAUAUAAGGGAGAAGGCGAGCGUGAGCGAGUUGUUCCAGCUCAAGUCCUUCGAUAGGCAGGAUACGUGGUAUCCCACGUUGCGCAAGACGGUGUGGGUACUUUCUCAAUUACAUGACUUCGUCAAGCCAGCGAUCUUUGCGGACAUUGCACAGGAGGCAGUCGCACUAUGCCUGCAGUCCCUUACGAGUGCGACGACAGCGCUGCGGGCUCGACGCGGUGCUCUCGACGGAGCACUCUUCCUCGUGCGGCAUCUGCUCAUUCUGAAGGAAAUGGCACAGAAGCUCGACCUGGACUUGGGAGGGCAGGAUUACGGGAUAGCAGGGAGAGGCGAGUUAGGUGGAGUUACCGAGGCACUGGCUUCCGUGCUCGGGCGGACAAGCGCACUAUUUCCGCUACCGAGUGCGCUGCUCACGAGUCUUGGGAUGCCGCGUCCAGGGGAAGAGACGGGCGACUUCAAGCAGGGCAUCGAUGGAGAGUUACGCCGGGCAUGUGAAGAGGUCAUCGCGGCUUGCUCAGAUCCCGUCAGUGCGCCACUUCGGGCAUGGAUCGAGCGCACGCAAUCGUCCAUCUCGAACGCGGACACUUUUCCUCAUACUGCACCUAAUCCUUCGCAGACACAGCCAUCAGACUCGUCCUCGCCAUCUGCUGUCUCUACAUUGUCCUCUACCGCGGCUGCGUCCCCAACCUCGGCCGCCGCGGCGCAUUCUGCGUUCCUUACGCUGUGCAGCACCGAGCUGCGCGCAGCGGCUGGGCGUGUGCGGUUGUACAUAGAGGACGCACGCACGGCGGGGGUGCUUCUAGGGCAUGUGUGUGAGCGGGUGGUCGGGGCCUGGGAGGAGUGGAGGCUGGUGGUCGGUGAGUCGUCGAAGGAGAAUGAUGGACGAGAGGGUACGGAGGUGCUGGGGACGGCAGAGCAGGUGCGCAGAACGGUGUGGGCGGCUUGUGAAGAAGGUGCAAAUGGAAGCGAACAUGUUGGGACAAGCGGAAACGAGAAAAAGACGGAGGGUGCGGGAGAUAUCCCUUGA